UAAAAUCCUUGUACCAAUUUUGAAACACAGUAAACUGGUCAACCAAAAACCAAAGCAAGACGAAGCUCAGUUGACUUUAUACAUCAGAAUACAACCAUGGAAUCUAGAGAAAAAUGUCAACAUAUCGAGCCCGAGGUUGGCCUGUUAUUAGAUCUAGAUUCACCUGUCAUCCAGAAGCCGAGCAGUGACACCUCGUUACCACCAGCCAAUGGAAAGCCAAAUGAAGAGUUAGCCAACCAGCCACAAGGGGAUUGUGAUGUCUCUGGUUCAGAUCCUCCUAGGGCAGAGAUGAUCGCUGGCGAGAAGAGAUCUUCAAAAAGCUCGACAGAAAAGAGUAGUCUGGGGUCUGCAAGUCUUGAAUCGCCUAAUUGGCCGGAUUUUACAGAUGAGCACCUGAUUGACAGUGAACAGUUUGAUUUUGACCUUCCAGUUUCACCAGUCCAACGCUCAAAAGCUGUAGAUGUUGAUGAUGAAGAUGAAGUCUUCUUCGGUCCGGUUGGAUUCACAGAGAGCUGUGUUGCUAAGAAGACUCAGCUAAACAGCCAGUCACCUAUCGAUGACAAUAAACCAAUGAGUCCCCUCAAUGUGGAACAAUAUUUAGAGCUCUUCCUUGAGGCAAAUAAAGUCGCGAUGGAGUUGACCAAGAGAGACGAGAGAAGUGGUUCGUCGGUCGCUGACGAGACGGAAAAAGACAAAGAAGCCUCGGAUGCUGAGACGCAAAGGUCUGAUCCAGGUACAAAAUCCGUUAUCCAGGAAGACGCUCAUGACAAGGUGGGGCAGCUUCCGCAAAAACCAGCUGCAAAGGACUUUAAACUAUUGGUGAAGAAAGAGAUAAGGAGCCCACGCCGUGGGACCUACGUAGUGGCCGUUACCCCAGCGGGUACCCCACCUCCACAGCAUUUACCGUCGGCUGAUGAGUGCGUCUCUAAACUGGCCCAAGAUAAACCCAAAGUAAUGCAGUUCAACGCAGCAGGGAGCAAGGAGAGUCAGAUAAAGAAAGAAUCAAAGCUGCCUGUACGAGGAUUAAGGAAAUUAUCCAAGUUGCCGAUGACUGCUGGCUUGAAGAAGGCAACAAUUCCACAGCCCUCGACCGUUACCAGCACGGACAAACUUUUGCGGAAGAAAAUAUACAGCCCUCCCAAGCGUAAACGUCUGAAUAGCUGUGAAUCUGAAGACAUCUCGGAGGGAGGUAGCAGUGUGAAGUCUGAAACCUUUGAGGCACCUAUCCCCCAUCUGGGCAUACCUAAAGGAAAGCGCCCUAUAUUGGGCAAUCUCAAUCUUAAGGACAAAAGUGGAGUUGGAUCAUCAGGACAACCUGUCAGUGGGUCCACUGAUGCCAAAGCAACAGCAACCAACGUCCCCAAAGCUCCAGUAACAAAGCCCAGUCUACUCCAGCAAGGUUCUCUCAAUCGCAGGGUGGUGCAAGCCAAUCGAUCAUUGAAACUCGUCAAGCCCGGUCAACAUGGCUCAAUGGUGCUAGCCAAGAAGCCACAGCCAGUCAAAGCUGUAGCCAAAGGGGCCAAGGUUGCAAGCACUGAAGAAACACCAAAGAAAACAGUCACUGCAGCCAGCACAACCAAGCAGAUGACUCGCCUUCAGCCUCAAACACCAAGCACCCCGAUCCAUCAAGCCAAGAAAUCUCUCCCAAAGAGGAUUUUGUCAAGUGAGAUGUCUGCAGGCAAACCAACACCUAGAUCAUUAAGUGCAUCAUCAGUUCCAACCCCUCACGCCAAGAUACCGCCCUCCACCCCGUCUCGCUCGGACUCCAAAGCAAUUCCAGCUAGUGCUGGAUCAGCGAGACGACGUUCAGGUCUUCCUACGCCAUCUCGGCUGAGAACUUUUGCGUCUACAUCGAGGAGUUCAACGAGUAGUGUGAUAUCCAAUCCAAGCCCGAUAAAGUUUCGCCUUUCAAGAACCUCAACGACAUCAUCCAGUCCCUCUACCACCCCUCACCCCCCGAAGCCCUCUCAUGCAUCAACAGAGGGCGCUAUUCAACUAGAAUUAGACUCCUCGCCAGUGUACAUCAAAGAGACUCAACAAGUCAGUGUCAGGCCGGCGCUUGAGACAAAGACUAACUCCCUGGGGGUUGACAAGAGUUCACCAGGGAUUGGCUUGUUAGUUGACUUCAGUCAUGAAUCACCAGCAGAAAAGCUUCCCAAAGCCGUGGUCCGUCAGGCAAACACGAGAAUCGACAAGGAAAAUCUGAUUGAUCUGCUGUAGCGACAGGUACCAUAGAGUAACAUGAGAAAGAAACAAUAGAGAGGUUUCGCAAGCGCCGGAUACAGAUACAGUUACGGAUAAGAUAACCGUAUCCGUUCUUGACAGUCGCGUGUUGGAUGUUGUUUCUUGCAAAAUAUAGGUAUGUGUCACUUGAGUGCACUUGCAUUCAUCAUGAGUGUUUUCCCCGACAAGCAUGACCUUUAGAGACCCUGUGUUUUAUACACUGCAUUUUUUCAUUGUUUUGCUUGCAAAUGACUAAAACUGUUUUAUCCUAUAUCAAGCAUGAUACCAGUGAAAGCAAUUCUGUGGGGAAUGUUUUUGACAUACAUGUAGGACAAAAAGACAGCUAAAAAGCUGCAAAACAGUAUCCGUUUUUGUACGACCGACGUGUAUGAGCUCCUGUAUCUGUAGCCAACGUGUGUGCAAAAUACGAUAGUCGCGGAUACGUGUCACGUGAACACACAAAGUAGGCUUGCGAAACCUCUCUAUUCGCGUAUGCGAAUGCGGUGUGAAUUUUUACAUUACAGUGCUGUUUUCGCUGCUAUGAAAUUGUUCGUUGCGAAUUUGUGAUGUCAAAGUUUGCUUCGCAUUCGCUUUCACAGGAAGUAUGAACCAGACUUUAUGCCUGUGAUUUUAUUUCCAAAGAACUUGGGAAAGAAUUGAGUACAGUGAUUGAUCAGUGAAAGGGUGAAUUCAAAUAAUAUCAUUUAUCCCUGAUGCAAAUUUAACAUCUAAUAUAAAUUGUUGCGGUACCCACUGCUAAAAUACAGGAUUCAA